AUGCUAAGUCUAAUAUUCACCAAUACGGUGCUUCCAUCCACCACCGAAGCCCACAGCCAACUUCGGGCACAAAUCAGUGGAGUUAUGGGCUCAACCUCAUUAGCAUGUUGGAUAGUCCUACUCAUGCCGCAAUUAAUUGAACAAUGGCGAUUGAAAUCGGCCGAGGGGAUAGCCAUUGGAUUUAUAACUAUAUGGUUUUGUGGUGACUUAUUCAAUUUAGUGGGUGCUCUCUGGGCUCAUUUAUUACCUGAAGUUGUGUUUCUUGCUGUUUGGUUUUGUGUUGCUGAUGCGUUGAUGAUUUGGUCGUUUGUUUAUUAUACGAGGUUUUAUAAGAAGAAACAACAGCAUCAUCAUCAUCAUGGACAACACCACCACCAUCACCAGGAACAUUUGGGCCAUGAACAUGCGGUGGAGCAUUCUGCGCAUUCUGAGCAUGGUCAGGGUGAACGUGAGUAUCUUGAUGAAUCAGCUCCAUUGCUUCAUAGAAGAAGAAGUUCAACGUUGACUGAUAUAGCGUUAGAACCUCAAUACCAUUCUAUUUUCGUCAAAUAUAUUUUGCCAAUUAUAUUUGUUGUCGCAUGUGGAAUCGUUGGAUUCUUACUUUCUUCACCACAACCAGCAGACCCUACAGACCCAAUAGAUCCUAUCCAACCACCAGAAGACGACAUAAUUGCUCUCGGUCCACAAAUAAUGGGCUACUGCUCGGCAUUUCUUUAUCUUGGUGCACGAAUCCCACAAAUCAUUCAAAAUUAUCAACGUAAGUCGGUUUAUGGACUAAGUCUCCUUUUCUUUCUUUUUUCAACAUUGGGUAAUUUAACCUAUGCUGGACAAAUUAUCUUUUAUAGAUCAGAUUGGAACUAUAUUGUCUUGAAUAUGAGUUGGUUAUUGGGUAGUUUGGGGACCAUUGUUGAAGAUGUGAUUAUUUUUGGCCAGUUUUAUAUGUAUAAAGAUAAUGACUCAAUUGAAGAUGAUGAAGAGAGGGUAUAG